CACAGAGGUCACGCGGCCUCAGCGCUUUGGCGCUAUCUUGUCGAGCGUUUGAUCGGUUGCCAUCGGAAGCGGUCCCCAACAAAGGCUCGCACCCUCUCUCGCUAACUUCCAUCCCCACCACAAGCGGUUAAUUUUUUAAGCAACACAAUCUGAUGACGGGAUCCCGAUGAGAGGACUAUCAUGUCCUCUCCUCCGCGGGCCUGUGAGGAAGACGAGGGCACGACGCUUCAUUCCGAGGGAGGAGAUUUUGAGGAAGAAGACGACGACGGCGACGGCUGCGGCGGAGGAGACUUAUUAGACGCCAGGAGCGGCAUCAACUCGCCGGCUGCGCCUCGGCAAAAUGCAGCCGCCGCAGAAGAAGAGGCGGGCGCGUCCGACGGUGAGUUUCUGUGUAAAAGGAAAGGACGGCCGAAGAAAAAGAAGGACACCAAGAAGAAGGACAAAGAGGGGAAACCCGUCAAGGAGAAAAAGUGCAAGAAGAUUGGCGGCGAUGUAGAGCGGGAAAGGGACUUCGGCGACCGUUCGGACAGCGCCGCCAGCGGCUACGGCUCCGGCGAGAAGAAGAGGAGGAAGAAGCACAAAGACAGGAAGGAGAAGAAGGCCAAGAGGAAGAAAAAAGACGAGGAGGACCAAGACAGCAGUCAGGGGGAGAUCACCAGGCCCGUGGAGCAGAAAACCUCAGCCCAGCUGGCCAAGGAAUGGGGUCUGGAGGACGUAGACCACACCUUCACCGAGGAAGACUACAGGGAGCUGACCAACUACAAGGCCUUCAGUCAGUUCAUGAGGCCCAUGAUCGCCAAGAAGAACCCCAAGAUCCCCAUGUCCAAGAUGAUGACCAUCCUGGGGGCCAAGUGGCGGGAGUUCAGUUUCAACAACCCCUUCAAAGGCAACGCCGCCGCCGUGGCCGCAGCCGCCGCCGCCGCCGCCCUCGCUGUCGCCGAGCAGGUUUCCGUGGCGACCGCCGCGCCCGCGCCGCAGCCGCCGCCCGUCCGCAAGGCCAAGACGAAAGAAGGCAAAGGUCCAGGUUACAAGAAGCGCAGUAAAAGUCCUCGAGUACCUGACAAGAAAAAGCCUUUGGGUGCGGCCAACAAGGCCAAAAAGAUGGCGCCCAUUCGGCUCAAGCUUUCUCCAGUGUGUACCAAGCGGAAGAAGAGCUGCUCUAGCGACGACGUGGACGAGGACGAUUCGGAGCAGGAGGACUCCAGCGUCCACAGCUUCUCGGUUCGCUCAGACAGCUCCAAGAAGAACAAAGGCGGGCGGGCGGCCAAGAAGAAGAAGAAACUCCCCGGCGACGAGGACGGCGACGGCUACGAGACGGACCACCAGGACUACUGCGAGGUGUGCCAGCAGGGCGGCGAGAUCAUCCUGUGCGACACGUGUCCGCGAGCUUACCACCUGGUGUGCCUGGAGCCCGAACUGGAGAAGGCGCCCGAGGGCAAGUGGAGCUGCCCGCACUGCGAAAAAGAAGGAAUCCAGUGGGAGGCAAAAGACGAGGACUUCGAGGACUUCGAGGAGGACGCGGAGGACAGGACCGCCUCGGAGGUCGGGGCGGGGGUGGAGGAGGAGGACGACGACGACGACCACAUGGAGUUUUGUCGGGUGUGUAAAGACGGAGGUGAACUGUUGUGCUGUGACACCUGCACAUCCUCCUACCACAUCCACUGUCUAAACCCUCCACUGCCAGAGAUCCCCAAUGGACAGUGGUUGUGUCCACGAUGCACGUGCCCGCCCAUCAAAGGACGCGUGCAAAAGAUCCUUCACUGGCGGUGGGGGGAGCCCCCGCCUCCGGUCCCGGUCCCGGCGCCGGACACGGCGCCCGGCCGGCCGCCGCCCAUGAAGGGCCGAGCCGAGCGGGAGUUUUUCGUCAAGCUGGCCGGACAAUCUUACUGGCACUGCACGUGGAUCACGGAGCUCCAGUUGGAGAUCUUCCACUCGGUGAUGUACAGAAACUACCAGAGGAAGACGGACAUGGACGAACCGCCCGCUUUGGACUACGGCUCCGGCGGCGAGGACGAGAGCGCGGUGGGGAAAAGCGACAAGAGGUGCGCCAAAGACCCGCAGUACACCAACAUGGAGGACAAGUACUACAAAUAUGGCAUCAAGCCCGAGUGGAUGAUGGUCCACCGCAUCAUCAACCACAGUGUGGACAAAAGGGGGGCGUACCAUUACCUGGUCAAGUGGCGAGACCUGACCUACGACCAGUGCACCUGGGAACAGGACCACAUGGACAUCCCCGACUUUGCCAUCUACAAGGCCCGCUACUGGAGACACAGGGACGCCGUCACCAAGGAAGACCCCGACAAACCGCCGAGGGUGAGGAGCAAGAGUCAGGAGGGCGAAGACGAGGCUUCUCCCGCCACGCCCGUCACCGACCCGACCAUCAAAUACGAGGAGCAGCCCGACUUUGUGACGUCGACGGGCGGCACGCUGCACCUGUACCAGAUGGAGGGUCUCAACUGGCUGCGCUUUUCCUGGGCGCAGGGAACCGACACCAUCCUGGCCGACGAGAUGGGUCUGGGCAAGACCAUCCAGACCAUCGUCUUCCUCUACUCGCUCUUUAAAGAGCGUCACACCAAGGGUCCGUUUCUGGUCAGCGCCCCGCUGUCCACCAUCAUCAACUGGGAGCGGGAGUUUGAGAUGUGGGCGCCCGACUUCUACGUGGUCACUUACACCGGCGACAAGGACAGCCGAGCCAUCAUCCGCGAGAACGAGUUCUCCUUCGACGAGUCGGCCGGGAAGUCCGGAAAAAAGCCCUUCAAGAUGAGGAGGGACGCGCCCAUAAAGUUCCACGUGUUGCUGACUUCCUACGAGCUGGUGACCAUCGACCAGACGGCGCUGAAGUCCAUCGACUGGGCCUGCCUGGUGGUGGACGAGGCCCACCGCCUUAAAAAUAACCAGUCCAAGUUUUUCAGGCGCUUGAACGACUACAAGAUCGACCACAAGCUGCUGCUGACGGGGACGCCGCUGCAAAACAACCUGGAGGAGCUCUUCCACCUGCUCAAUUUCCUCACGCCCAACCGCUUCAACAACCUGGACGGCUUCCUGGAGGAGUUUGCCGACAUCUCCAAGGAGGAGCAGAUCAAGAAGCUGCACGACCUGCUGGGCCCGCACAUGCUGCGCCGGCUCAAGGCCGACGUCUUCAAGAACAUGCCCGCCAAGACCGAGCUCAUCGUGCGCGUGGAGCUCAGCCCCGUGCAGAAAAAAUACUACAAGCUGAUUCUCACCAAGAACUUUGAGGCGCUGAACUCCAAAGGCGGAGGGAACCAGGUGUCCCUGCUCAACAUCAUGAUGGACCUGAAGAAGUGCUGCAACCAUCCCUACCUCUUCCCUGUGGCCUCCAUGGAGGCCCAGAAAACGCCCAACGGAGCGUACGAGGGCUCCGCCCUCACCAAGGCGUCCGGGAAGCUGACGCUGCUGCAGAAGAUGCUGAGGAAACUCAAGGAGCAGGGACACCGAGUGCUGGUUUUCUCACAGAUGACCAAAAUGCUGGACCUGCUGGAGGAUUUCCUGGAUUACGAAGGUUACAAGUACGAAAGGAUCGACGGCGGCAUCACCGGCGCGCUGAGGCAGGAGGCCAUCGACCGUUUCAACGCUCCCGGCGCUUGCCAGUUUUGUUUUCUGCUGUCCACCCGCGCCGGGGGCCUGGGCAUCAACUUGGCAACGGCGGACACGGUGGUCAUCUUCGACUCGGACUGGAACCCUCACAACGACAUUCAGGCCUUCAGCCGGGCUCACCGCAUCGGGCAGGCCAACAAGGUGAUGAUCUACCGCUUUGUGACCCGAGGCAGCGUGGAGGAGCGCAUCACGCAGGUGGCCAAGAGGAAGAUGAUGCUGACCCACCUGGUGGUCCGGCCCGGCCUGGGCUCCAAAGCCGGCUCCAUGACCAAGCAGGAACUGGAUGACAUCCUCAAGUUCGGAACGGAGGAGCUGUUUAAAGAUGAAGGCGAAGGCAUGAAGAAUUCCUCGGGGGAAAAAGCCGAGGACGAGGGCAGCGUCAUCCACUACGACAGCGCGGCCAUCGAGAGGUUGCUGGACCGGAGCCAGGACGCCACCGACGACUCGGAUGUCCACAACAUGAACGAGUACCUCAGCUCCUUCAAAGUGGCGCAGUACAUGGUCCGAGAGGAGGACAAGAUCGACGAGCUUGAGCGAGAGAUCAUCAAGCAGGAGGAGAACGUGGAUCCCGACUACUGGGAGAAGUUGUUGCGCCACCACUACGAGCAGCAGCAGGAGGACUUGGCCAGCAAACUGGGCAAAGGCAAGAGGAAUCGCAAGCCCGUCAACUACAACGACGCCGCGCAGGAAGAUCAAGAGUGGCACGCCGACAUUUCCGACAACCAGUCCGAGUAUUCCGUGGGCUCCGAGGAGGAAGACGAGGACUUUGACGACCGUCCGGAAGGUCGGAGGCAAUCCCGCCGCCAGUUGAGGAACGAGAAAGACAAACCGCUGCCUCCUCUUCUGGCCCGAGUGGGCGGCAACCUCGAAGUUCUCGGCUUCAAUACGCGCCAGCGGAAAGCGUUCCUCAACGCUGUGAUGCGCUGGGGGAUGCCGUCUCAGGACGCUUUUGCCUCUCAGUGGCUGGUCCGAGACCUCAGGGGCAAGACUGAGAAGGAGUUCAAAGCGUACGUGUCGCUCUUCAUGCGCCACUUGUGCGAGCCGGUGGCCGACGGGGCGGAGACGUUCGCCGACGGCGUCCCCAGGGAGGGUCUGUGCCGCCAGCCCGUCCUCACGCGCAUCGGCGUCAUGUCGCUCGUCAAGAAGAAGAUUCAAGAGUUCGAGCACAUCAACGGGCGCUGGAGUCUCCCGGAGCUCAAGCCCGACCUCAGCGUGGACAAAUCUUCCUCCAGGGCGUCGUCCCCCGCCGCCAAGACGGCAACGCCCACGCCGGACGCCAGCUGCAGCAACACGCCGUGCACCUCCGAGCCAGCGACGCCGGCUCCGGCGGAGAGGCCCGAAAAGAGCGGCAAAGAGGCCGAGAAGGAGGACAAGGAGGAUGGCGAGGCUCAGUCGGAGAAGGAGAAAGAUGGGAGCCGAGAGCUGGGCACGCCGCGAAGCGCGUCCCCUCCUAGUCCCAAAACGGAGGCCAAAGACAACGACGACGGCGGCUGGUCACGAGAGGAGGGCGACGACGACGGACCAAACAGCGCUUUGCCGCGGGAGGGAAACUCGCCAGACGAGAGCAAGGUCACAACCGAGCAGGAUGGGGAGGUGCAAGAAGGGAAAACCGAUGGCCCAAACGUGGAUCCGGAGCGGCAAAAAGAUCCGUACAAGCCGGAAGCGGCGGACGCCGAGGAGACCGCAAAAACCGGGAAAGAAGAGCCGAAAGCCGAGAAGGACGCCGGGAAAGACGUCCGAGAGGCCAAGGCGGAGCCGGCCAAGGGGAACGCCAAGGCGCCCGCUGAGCGGCCUCGCUUCAUGUUCAACAUCGCCGACGGGGGCUUCACCGAGCUGCACACUCUUUGGCAGAACGAGGAGCGAGCCGCCAUCUCCUCGGGAAAGAUGAGCGAGAUCUGGCACCGCCGCCACGAUUUCUGGCUCCUGGCAGGAAUCGUCGUUCACGGCUACGCCCGCUGGCAGGACAUCCAGAACGAUCCGCCCUUUGCCAUCAUCAACGAGCCGUUCAAGUCGCAGGCCAACAAGGGCAACUUCCUGGAGAUGAAGAACAAGUUCCUGGCCCGGCGCUUCAAGCUGCUGGAGCAGGCGCUGGUCAUCGAGGAGCAGCUGCGGCGUGCGGCCUACCUGAACAUGACUCAGGACCCCGGCCACCCGGCCAUGGCGCUCAACACGCGCUUUGCCGAGGUGGAGUGCCUGGCUGAGUCGCACCAGCACCUCAGCAAGGAGUCGCUGGCGGGCAACAAGCCGGCCAACGCCGUCCUGCACAAAGUGCUCAACCAGCUGGAGGAGCUGCUGAGCGACAUGAAGGCCGACGUGACCCGGCUGCCGGCCACGCUGUCCCGAGUGCCGCCCAUCGCCGCGCGCUUGCAGAUGUCCGAGAGGAGCAUCCUGAGCCGGCUGGCCAGCAAGGGCACGGAGACGCACGCCCCCCCGCCUAUCCCUCCCGGACCCUACGCAACCCCUCAGAACUACGGAGCACCCUUCUCCCCGGCCCCCCCGGGAAGCCUCCUCAUGGGAGGGGCCAACUACAAUCAGAUGCCACCCGGAUCCUUCAUAUCAGAAGCCGCUUGGGGAGCCGGCGGGGGGCCGGCCGCUGUCGGCGUUUGCCAGAAGACCAAGGAGCACGAUGUGGUGCAGCGGCAGCGGGUGGUGGACCUCUGGAAGGACGGCAAGUCCGAGGGGGCCAUCGGCCUGGAGCUGCGGAUGCCCAAGUCGACGGUGCACAGCAUCAUCGUCAAGUACCGGCUCAGUAACACGGUGGAGAACCUGCCGCGCAACGGUCGUCCCAAAAAACCCUGACGGGGGGGAGCGCCGAGGGAGACCAGUCGCGAGUCGGAGGUCAAAUGCCGCUCGGGAAAAACGGAGAACGGAUCGACGUGGACCUCAGACGAGACCGAAUGCUAAUGCAAUCACAGUUUUUCAGGAAUUCCGAGAGAGGAAGACAAAUAAAUUCCCGAUUUCUGGAGCCCGCACACCCCCACACCACCCGAUGAUGAUUUUAGUAUUUUUUUUGGAGUUCCUCUUGAAUCAAUUCUUCAUCCACCGGCAGACUGAAGCAGCCUUUCUCCUGGCUUUGACCCUAUCCUCCCUCAUUCCUCCACAAGUCUUCCACCCCCCCCCCCCCCCCCCCCCACAAAACACACACGUGCGCAUACUGUCUGGACCCCACACGGAAUCUCGCAAACAACUUUCAACUAUCUGCUGGCUUUGAGCAGAUGAACCAAAGCCAUUCGGGAACACCGAGCUCCUUGGACACAAAGUGGUCGGGGUUGGAGCCAAGUCUUCAUUGUCUCGCUCAAAAUGGAUUUUGGCUGUUGAACAGUUUUUGGGACGUGGGGUGAUGGGCUUUUAUGCUUUGUCGGUCUGGUCUCCGGAUGGUGCUUUUGAUUCAACUCUCAAUUAAAGGACUCAAAGGCGAGGAAAGAGCUCGGUCAAGUCCUUUUUGUCGAUCAGUUUUGGAAGUCACCACGCAUCCGUUUUGCGCGGCGCUUGUUGAGGUUGACGACGGAAAACCUGGUUUUACACCAUUGUUUUAUCCUUCCUCUGAAAAGGUGGUCCGACCCUUCCGUCCAUCCUCCAUCGCGCUUGUCCUCGUUGAUGCUAAAAUGUCAACUUGCUUUUUUUUCCACAUCCAUCCAUUUUCUCAGACACUUAUCCUCACUCGGGUAAAUUUCUGCGUUAUCUGUUUGAAGCUUGUACACGGAUUCCCAGCACCGGCGUUUAGCUUCUGGCUUCGUUUUUUUUUUUUUUUCAUCCGCCAGAGAAGCAGAUUUCCCCUUGUGGAUUCGGUGGAGAGCAAAAAAAGCCCAAAGAAUGCUUCUGGUGCUGCUGCGUCAUGGAUGUGUGUCAAAGCGGCGCUCAGACACCCGUGCAAAUCACUUCCAACCUCUGAUUUCCUGCUUUCCCUGCUCGAUCGAGAGAGUCCAGCGCCGCUUGGAUUUAUGAAAGCCCAGCUGGAACGACUCGCCGCUCUGUGAAGUGGAAGCCUGCACUUUUCGCGUUGAAACACACGCACACGAAGGCUCGGUCCAGAAUAGAACUCUUUGGCGGGGCUACAGUCGGCAGAGCCGAAUCUCUGCCUCGCUCCGCCGUGAUGGCAGCGCUCUUGUCGCUCCGAUAGCGGACGGGGACCCACCGGGGAGCGUUUUUUUUGUUUUUUUUUUUUCCAUUUUGUAUUUUUUUUAUUAUCUGUUGGAGCAGAGAUUCUUCAUCUGGUGCAGCCCCGAGUCGGUCCAACACAGUCCCGAGCUCAACAGUUGUCAAAAUUUGUCAUUGUCACUGCAAGUUAUCAACAACCUGGAGCAUACCAAUGUCUGUUACCCCCCCAUCAACGCCUUUUGACACACGGUCUAACCCGUGAGUCAUUUAUGCCAUCCGUUUUUGGAUAGAGCUGGAGCCGAUCCCAGCUGUCUUUGACCAAAUGUUACCAUAAAAGGUCACCACAAAAAAAAACAAUAUUGUGAAGGGGGUAAAACGUGCCGCACGCCCCCUGGCGGACGGCUUUUGCGCAACGGCUGAUUCUCUUCCUCGUUCACCCAGCCUUCACCUCCCUUUGUUUUACUUCUCAAGUGAUACCCUCCCCUCUCUCUUUCCAUUCCCUCCGUUGCGCCCCCCCCCCCACCCCCUCCCCCAAAUGGCAAAACGCCAUGAAUCAAGUUAGUCUUGACUCCCUUAUCGCACGGCAGAUCUGGAAGCGCUGUUAUGACAUUCGAGCCGCGGUGUGAGCGCACCCGUCGUCUAUUCCUGGCUUUUGUUUGGAAAAGGAGCUGUAAACUCACCGUCGCACUCUUCGAGUACAUUGACUAACGUGGGAAGCCGUUCGCCGCCGGAGUUCCACAAGGCUCAAUGCUAGGGCACCAUUGCCUGCAAUGCAUCUGGAAAGUAUUCGCUACUAAACUCAAACUCUGCCCCCCCCCCUCUCCCCCC